AUAAAUUCUGAAUUCAUCAUCAUCAUCAUCAUCAUUGACUAGCCACCACUACUCAACCUCGCUCAACUGCCCUUGACCCGCCGAACACCGUUAAGCCAGUGCUUAUCUAGAACACCCUGAGGCUAUCUACUGCACAGGAACGGACAUGGCGCAGUCUGCCGCGGCGGAUUGCCGGAUCCUCGUCAUCUCUCCUAGUGCAGAACAAGCACGGCAGUUUGUAGAACGGGUACAGGGACUGUCUGGCAGUAGCACACCAACAGCUUCGUUUCCUGCUGAGAGCCCGAGCAAUGUCUUUCCCUGGACGAUCGUGAACAAAUACUACACCGCCGACGUGCACUUUCAGACGAAGUCGUAUAGCGAGUUCAGGAUCCCUCACGCCGAUGGUGUACCAGCAGUCGUAUACGUUUGGGAGCACGGGCAGUCGUAUAGGGAUCAUAUCGAGGACAUAGCGUCGAGGUUGAGAGACCACGAUCCGGAGGUGUCCUUGGCAGUCCGUUUCUCAGACAGUACCCCGACGACAUUGUCAGAAGAAGACGGCUUAGACGAGUUCCUCUCGUCCCAUGGCUUUGAGUAUGUCGAGGGAGACCGAGAGCCACGUCCGCCAACACAAGAUGAGGGUAGACACACAGAUGAUGCCGACGCCGGAUUUCCGGGCCUCUCGCGCGUCCUUGACGCUCUGAGCACUAUCAUGUGGCCGUCGCUUGUUCAAUCCGAGUCCACCCGCACCCGCAAGAGUCGUGCGAGGGAGCUGCUUGACUGGGCGCGGGACGAAGAGGGCGACGACGGCUUGCGUGCUCUUAUCUCGGGUUCCGGUUCUGCGGGUGACGUAUCGUUCUCCGACAGCCAGGUCGCUGGUUCCGAGCCCAGGAAGAGCCGAAUGCAGCGCGAAAUGGAGGAGCUUGAACAGUGGCUGGCGGACGAGGAUAGGGCGCGCCAGGCGGUGGAUGCGCAGGCAUGGAUGACGGUUGAGCGCGACGUGCCGCUGCCAUCCUCCGCGUGGCAAGAUAUGCCGACGCCGAGCAUCCGCACGCCUACAGCAGAAACGCCUACGUUCGGGUUUGACGACGACUUCACACACUUCGUGUCUGCGCCUUCGCCUGUUGUCUCAACACGGUCGCAUAAUUCCGGACUUGACGUGGACCAUCUGCUGCCGCAGCAUUCUGGCGCAUCGUACCAUUCGCUCGCGUCCGUGUCUGACUUCGGCGGCGAGGGCGAGCAUACGUUCGUUUCGCACACGGACGAUUCCGCUCUCCCAAGCGGUUACGAAGAUGACCCACACCUUCCCUCGCGCGCAGAGGUCAUGGCGACAUCGCGUCGGAUCUUCGGCUCUGUGGGCCCUGCCCAAUCACCACCAUCAACAUUUGCGGCUCAAGCGUCCCCGCAUGAGCCAGGCGAGUCCCAUCCAUUUGACCACGACGACGAUGACGACUUCGAGAUGUCCGCCUUCGAUCUGUCGCGCGUCUUGAGCGCACUACAGGGUAUGAAAGAGGAAAUCGCCGGUAUGACUGACGAUGCGGAUCGGAGGAAGGCGGCUGCCAGGGUCGCUCUGGGUCUGGUCUACGGCCUGCAGGUGGAUGGAGCGGAUGACUGAGAAUGGUGGAUGCGAGAUGACGGACGUCGUGGUUAUAGAGCACUCCGAAUGUGGUAGGCGCAUCAGGGUGAUUUACGUUGUCCUGUUAGGGGUUGCAUCUCGAUACUCUCAAAAGGAUCAUUCAUUACAGGAGCACGAGGGGAAAUCGCAGAACAAACUAGCAACGAAAUGACAACA